GUUGGCGGUAAAUUCGAGGUAAUUCCAAAUGAACGGGGAUUUAGUUCGUAUUGGUAUUUGGGGGUGGUUUUGAUAUCUUCACGUGACAUGUAAAACAAUGACUAGCAACGAUAAAACUCCUAUUGAUGAAGGAAACACCAGUGAAGAUAAUCGGUCGACUACUUCACAAGAUGGCGAUCGUGGUAGUACAAUUCAUGAACAUAAUCCACAUGCAAUGGGAAAAAAUAUAAAUGAAUACCAAGCAUUAAUGAGUUUUAUCAAAGGGAAUAUUGGUACUGGUAUAUUAUCUAUGCCAGUUGUUUUCAAGUAUGCUGGUCUGUGGACUGGAUUCGCCAUGUUAAUAGUGGCUGGAUUUUUAUCAACUUAUCUAAUGCAUGUACUGCUGAGAACAGCAAAUAAAGCUCAAGUGAAAUAUGGAUGGGAUAGAUCUAAAAUGGAUUAUGCAGAGGCGGUAUUUGUUGUGCUUAAAUAUGGUCCAGAGAAAUUCAGAAAAAUCAAAGGGAAAAUAAAGCAUACAGUUAAUGGUUUCUUAAUUGUUACACAAGUUGGUUUUUGCUGUGUUUAUACACUGUUCAUUACGGAGAAUAUUCGAUAUUUUUUAAUAUAUUUCUUUCCGCGCCUUAAUACAAAUAUCUACUUAGUUGGAUUUGUUGUCUGUUUAGUGCUGAUUGUAAUGAAUUUUAAAAGUAGUAUGCGUGUAGUCACGUAUUUAUCUGCUUUGGCCAAUAUAUGCACUAUUGUUGGUAUGCUAUUAAUAUUUGGCUAUUUAUUCACAUCUGGAUUAUACCCAGUCAGUAAAUUUCCAAUUAUCACUGAUUUCAAAGGUCUACUCAUUGCAUUCAGUAUAGUUAUGUUUUCAUUUGAAGGGAUAAGUUUGGUAUUACCAAUUCAAAGUAAAAUGGCUGAUCCUACUGGAUAUGGAUCAUGGUGUGGUGUUCUUAAUGUUGGAAUGAUUAUUGUUGUUUGUUUAAAUUUGGCAAUUGGAUUUUAUGGAUUUUUAAGAUUUGGUGAAAAUUCUGAAGGAAGCAUCACAUUGAAUAUACCUCAGUUUCCUUAUUGGUUUGCUCCUGUCAAACCAUUAUUCAUUAUAGCAAUGUUUGUUAGCUAUUUAUUACAAUAUUAUGUACCAGCUACAAUAUUUAGUCGUUUAAUGGAAAAGAUAAAAUGUCAUCGUGAAGGAUCGAAUCGUCGAAGAUAUGUUCACUUGAAGGCGAUGCGUAUCAGUCUAGUGAUAUUAUCAUAUGCAGCUGCUGUUCUUAUCCCUCGAAUUGAUCUGCUCAUCUCGUUGAUGGGAGCAUUCGCUGGUUCUGUUCUUGCUUUUAUCUUACCUGCCUCAAUGGAGAUUAUUUUUCUAUGGUCUGAACGUGAUCAAAUUCCUUGGUUUUGGUUAAAUAUAUUUACUAAGCAUGUUGUAUUCAUUCUAAUUGGUCUACUCAGUUUGAUUGGUGGGACAGUAGCGACAAUCAUACAGAUAGUUGAAGCGUUUACACCAUCCUAAUUACUGAUUGGCUAUUAUUAUAUUAUUAGUAUUAUUUUUCUCAUUGAUUAAAAUCAUGUACUUGUUUCUUUAUUUUUGAUUUAUUACUACUAUUGAUUUGUCUGUAGAUAGUAGUUGAUGGAGAAAAGCAAAAAUUUUUUAUUGCCUUCUGUAUUGUCGAUGACGAUGGUGAUGAUGGGGGUUCUCUCCUUAUAUUUAUUGACAAUUUAUUUUGAUCACAAUGUGCCUUUACGAUUCCAACUGUAUUUAUCUUUAUUAUUAAUAUCCUAUUUUAUUUUAUGCUGUCUUCAUAAUGAUAAUUAUUAAAAUGUGAAGAGGACAAAAAUAUCGUUAAAUUACGUAUUUUUCUAUGAAGUUAUGAUUAAAGUCUAUUGCUCACAUAAUUGACUUCUAGGAUGUGAUGUCAUUCCAUCAUGAUUUUAUAUUUGGAGCUAUUGAGAAUAAAAAAAAGGAAGAUUGUG